AUGCUAUCUUUACAAAUUACUAUUAAAAUUGAUGGUAAAAAAGAAUAUGAAUCUAAUAAUAAUUUUGUUGAAGGUUACUCUCAAUUAAAUGAAAUUACUCAAUCUUUUAAUAACUUGCAUAUUAUAAAUGGUAAUGAUAGUGGUCAAAAAUUAUUAUGUAAUAAACUAAUGGGUGAUGGUAUAAUAUAA